AUGGGCAGCACAGCGCAGGAAUCAGCAGAGGAUACUGAAGAAGGCGAAAGUGACUCGUCAGGAUCAUCAAUAUGGGCAUCAGACUCACACAGGGAACAUUCAGCUAGAUCAGGAGAGGAGGAAGAUAUCGAUUCAUGUACUAAUGAAGGAACUAUUUCACCUGCAAGUAGUGGAUUCGAAAUAGGCUCGCCAGUGAUCGUAGACGUGCCUUAUUCAUCGGAAGGAAGAAGAGGAGCGGAACAUUUCUUCAAUGAGGAAAUUCCGUUCCAGCAGCACCACACGUCCGUGAAUUCCGCAGGCAAGAAUCCAGAAGGUGAGGCCGGUUGGGUAUCUUCACAGAGAUUCCGAGUCCUGAACGACCCUUCUUGCGACCACCCAGCGCCACUGCGAAAGAGCUUAUGGAGAUUUACAAAAACUAUCGUCGAGGAUGUAACCAAGAGGGGUUUAUAA